AUGGAUCCGUUCACUCUCGUUACUCUCGCUUCGUUGACCGCCCCUCCCCCCUGCCGGCGCACUCUUCAACUUCGACCUCCUCACACACAUAAACACACACACACAUCCGAUCAAAACAGCAACGGGACAGAAUGUGAUUUCCACUUGAUCAGUGGGGAUACACAACGACCGAUUCAUCGGUGUCUGAUUCGGGCUUUGUCACCGGUGAUUGAUCAAGCGAUUACCGUGUCGGACAAUUCACAUUCGUCUACCUCGUACGAUUUAUCCGCCCUGUCCGUGGACACAUUGGAUCAAUUGAUCCGCUACGUGUACACAUCGGAGAUUACGUUGAAUCCACGGACCGCAGUAGAGAUACACACGGCCGCUGUUCAGCUACAAGUGAACUACUUGAGUCAAGUGAGCAUGGACUAUAUACGUGGAUGCAUCAAUACAGACACCUGUGUGAGUAUCCUGAAGCAUGCCGUGGCGAACAAUUGUACCACUUUACGACAGGAAUGCAUUCAGUGUUGUGCUACUCAUUAUGAACAGAUAAUGGACAAACCAGAAUUCGUCCAGAUCCCACCCACAGAAUUCAUGGAGAUUGUUUCCCUUCCAAGUCUGGCAGUGCACGAUGAACACAAGCUAUUCGACUCCAUCAAACGCUGGCUAGCCGAAGCCCCCAAGGAUCGGGACAGUUACGCGACCAAACUGAGCGAGUGUGUGCGGUUUCAAUUGUUUGAAGUUGGACAGUUGCUGGAUAUGUUGCAAGAUCCGGAAAACACACAGUUUCACGCACAAAUGCGUAAAGCACUGAUUGAUUUCGGAGCUUUGGCCGGCCCGAUUGCUCGACAGAAGUGGGAGCGUAAAUCGCCUGAGACUUCGGAAACCGCGUCAGAGGUGACUUCACCAAUUUCUCCACAACCACAACUAGAUGCAGAGGAGAACGGGACUUCAGAAGUUAUGCAGCUGCAAUCAGAAUCCGAUACGGAUCACAUAACCGUGACAGGGGGCACAUGCGAAACGGUGGAUAAAGAGAGCGCAACGGAAGACACGAACAGCCUUGACACAGAACAGAAAACAGAGAAUACUAUGCGUUCGUAUGUACUAACCGUGUUCGGUGGUCGUUCGUCGGAGAAAAAGUUGCUCAAAGAUAUCGUGUGCUACCGCGUUCGGGAGACCGGUUUGGGCGCGUCGGAGACUGAUCGGUCCAAAUGCGAAAUUGAACUGAAACUGAUCGGUUUGAAUAACACUCGACCGUUGCCAAACGUGCGCAAAGGGUUUGGAGCGGCCAGUAUCUGGAAUCAAGCGUUUCUGAUUGGCGGACAACCUGCGGCCUCGUUACAAACGGUCGAUGUGUACGAUGUGCGAGAGAAUGAAUGGUUGAUUGGUCCGGCUUUGCGAACUGGACGUGCCUGGCAUGGAGUGACCCAAUCGGAGCAUACGCUUUUUGCUGUGGGCGGAUCUGGUCGAGGAGUUAAACGAGAUCAUCAUCCGGCCUGGUUGCACACUAUUGCAAUCAAAACUGUUAUCAGUGACAUCAUCUCACAUCUGAUCGAAUCCGAUCACACAGUGAGCGUGAAUGAAGCAUUUCGAGUUCUCUAUCACUUGUCCUAA